AAGCCGGGCAUGUACUUCUACAGGGUUGUAAGGACGGGUUUCAUAGUGUGACCUCUGACUGGUAGUAUGCCUUUUUAUUCCACUGUAUCAGAAGAAAAAGGUUUCACUUGGUUCAAUAGCACCCACAACAGACAAAUGACAGCACUGCCAAGUGACUCAAAUCGCUCGAUGACUCGAAUGAUCUGUAUUUCCCUUCUUCUAACUCGACUUCAUUGACGCCUCGUCACAAGAAAAACUCCAAAACGCACGUCGCCAGACCAUCAUAGUCUACAACUUGCAAUACUACCCCAUAUCAGCAGUGUCGAGGAAGAUGCCCGCCGAAAGGAACAAGAGUACUUGGUCCGAAGGUGUGAUUUCGGAAAUAUUGAGGAGCUCUACCGAGAGCAUUGAACUGCAAAGCGACCCCAGCAAGAACAAAGAAGUGUUCCGCUCGACCGUGAACAAAGAAUUACUCUGCUUCUUCUCGCCCUACUAUGUCGCUGCUAUCAAAGGUCAUUUCUCCGAAGCAAAGCAAAAGCUGUUCACCCUGGACCUGAACCAUGCUCAAACCAGAGCAUUUACGCACUGGCUUUGCACUGGUCGCCUUACCCAUACCAAUACUUCUGCAUGGGCUGUGGACAAGAAGUGCCUUUUCGGACUCUAUAUCUUCGCAGAUAUGACAGAUAAUCUCGCCCUUCGCAGAGCUGUUAUGUCUCAUCUAGCCAGCGAGUUCAUAGGUACUACUGAUCGACCACACCCCAGUGAAUAUGGAAAGCUCUUGCCCCACCUUCCUAAAGGCUCGCCCCUCGUACCGUUCUGCUUGGAUGCAACUGUGGUGGACCUGGAGCUCAACGAGUAUCUCGGGAUCCAGACCAUGAAAGCUUCUCGUGGAGUGGAGUUGCUCAGAUGGCUCCCAGAGGAUCGCGUGCGCUACAUAAUGGAAGGCGUGAACGAGAGAAGAAAAAGAAUCGAUCGCGAAGACAAAUGGCAUUUUCUAUGGGAGGCCAAUGCGUGCGACUACCAUGAGCAUGACAGCGAGGAAGAAUGGUCACUGACUUGCGGAAAUGUCACGCCCAACUCGAAGGAACCUCGACCUGAGUGCUACAAGCAUGCGGGCGCCCAGCUUCUUGAGUACCUGAACAAACCGCGCGAACGACCGGUGCCACGCUACAUACAAAGGGCUCGCCGCCGUCAAUUGCAUAAUCACGAUGAAGAAUGAGCAGAUGGAACCGGAACGAUAUGUGAAGGAAACCCAAAUUUCUCACUUAGGCGCAGACCUGUCAGCGUAUCUGUCGCCUACUGGGACAGUAAAAGCUCACACCGCUAGGCCGGGUGUCAUUCAAUCAACAGACAACGACAAUCUACUUCCUUCAAAUUCUUACAUCCCCAACUCUGAACAGCUUCUAGGUUCUCACUUCUUAUCACUUAUAGAACCAAGACCCCCA